UUGUCUUCGACUGAAUAGCGGUUUUGUCCCUAAUUCUUCACUUUUCUUUCUCUCUUUUUCGUAUCGCUUACUGGCAACUUUGAUUUAUUUGCCGAAGCAACCCAGUCUGUCGCCAACUAAGACACCGUCCCGCGCUCAGUGCACAACAGACUUCUUUUCUCCCGGCAACCUCACACAAAAAACCUGUCGCGACGGAUUGCUUCUUUUCCUUUCCCCUCUUGAAGAGAAAAAAACCAUGGACGAUUAUUCGAAGCUUUUCCAAUUCGAUGAGGAGUUUGAUGUCAAGCUGUUUGAAGAAAUCACGGUCGCAAGCAUCUCACACAAACACCCUCAGUUCGCUCAAGCAGCCAAAGUGCUAGUAGAAUUCCGAGAAAAUCCACAAUCUUGGACGCGCGUUCCUGUCAUCCUAGAGCUGGCUCAGCACCCACAUACCAAGAGAUUCGCCUUGACCAUAUUGGAAUCUUUAGUCACACAUAGAUGGAAUCUUCUUCCGGAUGAACAGCGCUGCGGUAUCAGAGAAUUCAUGAUCAACUACGUGCUUCGCCUGUCAUCAACCAGGGAAUCUCUGUCGAGCGAGAGACUGAUCAUAGACGCCGCAAACGCCGUGCUCGUCUCUAUCUCUUGUCAAGAAUGGCCUCACAGAUGGUCAUCCUUCAUCCCAGAAAUCGUCGCGGCCAGCAAGAUCAAUGAGAGCACGUGCGAAAACAACCUCGUAAUCUUGAAGAUGCUGUCUGAAGACAUCUUCGAUUUCAACAAGGGAAAGAUGACAAGAGCCAAGACGUCCCUUCUCAAGGAAGGACUCGUCAAGGACUUUUUUCCUAUUUACGAGCUGUGCGAAUUCGUCCUGUCGUCCAGCAAGACGCCCAGCUUGCUGCAGACAACUCUAGAUGCGCUCUUGAAGUUUCUUUCUUGGGUGCCAAUUGGGUACAUUUUUGAAACACAAAUGAUAUCGAUUCUGAUUGAUAAUUUCUUGCCCGAACCCCAGUUCAGGAACGCGGCGACUUCUUGCCUGGUUGAGAUAUCGUCCAUAUCGUCGCAAGACGUACCGGCCGAGAAGUUUCAGAUGAUGUUCUCGUCAUUCAUGAACCAAUUGUACCGGAUUCUAGACAAGUCCACCAACUUUCCUCUUGUCUACGCCCAGAGCUCCGCGGAGGACAAGAGCUUCAUCCAGAUGGUCGCUCUCUUCUUGACUACCCUGUUCCAGCGCCACCUAUCCGUUCUGGAGUCGGACGCCCUGUCCUAUUACAUUCUGGAUGCGCACAUGUACCUUGUUCAGUUCUGCUCGAUAAAGAACAGGGACAUUUUCGGAAUCAUCCUGGACUAUUGGAUGGUGCUUUCGGAGGGCCUGUAUAAGGAGGUGCCGAUAGACCAGUCCGCCCCGGCGGUGCAGACGUCGAGGAGAGUUUUCUAUGCCAACGUGCUCAGUCAGGUCCGGAGCAUCAUGAUUCGGAACAUGGCGAAGCCGGAGGAGGUCUUGGUAGUUGAAGAUGAGAACGGGAACAUCAUAAGGGAAAGGUUGAAGAACACCGAGCAAUUGUAUCUCUAUAACAACAUGAGGAUCACGUUGGUCUAUUUGUCGAACCUCGACUCGACAGACAUGUACAAUAUCAUGCUGCAGCGCCUCCACGAGCUCAACGGCGAAAAUUUUGAUAAGCGAGCCUGCGCCACACUGUGUUGGGCCAUAGGGAGCAUAUCUGGAGCUGUGCCGGAGGAGAGAGAGCGAAGGUUUUUGGUACACGUCGUGCGCAAGCUCAUUGAGUUUUGUAAUGAAAUGAGGAGCAAGGAUGAUCGAGCAAUCAUAGCGGCCAAUAUCAUGUAUGUAGUCGGUCAAUACCCUCAGUUCUUGAAGGCGCAUUGGACCUUUCUUCGCACAGUCGUUCACAAACUGUUCGAGUGGAUGGAGGAAACGCACCCGGGCGUCCAAGACAUGGCGUGCGAUACUUUUCUCAAAAUAUCUAGAAGCACGGCGAAGCAGUUUGUGAUAUCUCAGGGCAAGGGUGAAGGUCCGUUCAUCGACGUCCUUCUUGAGAACAUUGAAAAGUUCAUUUCCAAGUUGGACGAGGGUCAGCUUUUGACGUUUUACUCUGCCGUGAGUGUCCUCAUCAACGCGAACAGCAACCCUGUCAAAAAGCAGCAGCAGAUCGAGUUGAUGAUGAAGCUCCCGAAUUCGACCUGGCACCAAAUCACGGCGUGCGCCAGCAGUGACAUAAACAUUCUGAGGGAUUUGGAAGUUGUACGAAAUAUCGCUAAAAUUGUCAAAACUAACAUCAGCGCCUGCAAGGUGCUGGGCCAGUCUUUUGAGAGCCAAAUUUAUCGCAUCUAUUAUGACAUGCUCAACAUCUAUAAGGUCUAUUCUGAAGACAUAUCCGCGAGCGUGCAGCAGCAGGGCCCUCGGUACCUGAACACGACGGACGCGAAAGCGAGGCGAACGGUAAAGCAAAACAUCCUGGUCUUGAUUCGCACCUACGUCAAGCGUACUACUAACCCGAACAGCAUCGUAUCGAGCAUACUUCAGCCUCUUCUGAAAUCCGUCCUAGAAGAUUACAAAUUCGGCAUUCCGGAAGCGAGAGACCCCGAGGUGUUGACGCUGCUGUCCGAACUGAUCCGAAAGUGUCAGGACCUGAUCAUCGACGAAAUUCCUCUGUUCUUCGACUCGGUGUUUGAGUGUACGAUAUCGAUGAUCACCGAGAACUUCGCCGACUAUCCGGACCACCGCAUACAGUUCUUCGAUUUCAUAUGCAGCGUCAACCACUCCUGCUUCAAGGCGCUCUUGCUCAUGCCGUCUUCUCACUUCCAGACAAUUAUCAAUGCCAUCGUUUGGGCCCUUCGCCACACAAUGCGCAACGUCAGCAAAACUGGGUUGCAAACGCUCCUGGAGCUUCUAUUGAACGUCGAAAAGGAGGGCGUCGCCAAUGAGUUCUACAGCGUCUGCUUUCUCUCUUUGUUGCAGGAAAUUCUCGUCAUGCUCCUCGACGGUCUCCACAAGGCCGACUUCUACAUGCACUGCAAAAUUCUCCAAAAGAUGUUCUCCGCCAUCCAGAACAACGUCGUCACCGUUCCGCUGUGGAACGACGGCGACUCCGCCCACCCGAGCACUAACAACGUCCAGUUUCUGCACGCGCACAUUUCGAAGACCCUCAUAAACGCCUUUCCGAACUUGACGCAGACGGUCACCGGCAACUUUGUGUCCGGCCUGUUCGAGUCCACCGGAAGCCUCAGCACCCUCAAGAAUCACAUCCGCGACUUCCUGAUCCAAAUCAAGGAAUACAACGACGUGGAGGACAACCAGCUCCUCUACGACGAAGAGCUGAACGCCGAGAAGAAAAAACUCCAAGAAGAACUCAUCAGCCUCCAAAUGCGCAUCCCAGGCAUGAUCCCGCCCAACGACCCAAGGCGGCCGGAGAACAUCAACGCGCAGAGCUCCAACGCCGGCGAGCCCGCCGUCGACUAGCGGCCGGCCGCGCACGCACACACAAACACACACGCACUCCUUCCCUUUCACAUGUAUAUAUCAUAUACACGCAAUACACAUACACCUAUACAGUCCCUGCCUUGCCUUCCCCUCGCCCCGGUCCCGCGACGACCCCGCGGCGGCCGAUGUGGAGGGGACUCCCCCGGUAUUUUGCGCUAAGAAGGUGAAAUAGCGCGAAACUCGGCGACGGUAAAUUAAACAAUUUUAUGUACAAGCGCACUCUCAUUUAAAGCCGUUUAUUUAGCAAUU